GCCACUUGUUGAGUGUACCAGUAGCCACACGUAAACAGCCACGAUGCCGCAGUCGUGUAAAGACAUACGCGCCGCCCUUGCUUUUUGCUUGCAAAACAGCGACUGCAUAAUGGUCGAGCGACACUCCCCCGGCGAUUGUCUCCGCCCACCUCUCAAAUACACUCUCCCGACACAAUGCCAGCAACUGCAAAAAGGCUACGCAGAGUGCAAAAAGGGUAUGAUUGAUAUGCGGAAGCGGUUCCGCGGCAAUCGGCCAAUCGCCGUCCAAGGUCAACUAGAGACGGGCGCAUUUGGGCAGGGACGAGCAGAGGCGGAUGAAAAGGCAGGCACAAUCGAAGAGAAAGGAUACAUGUUGUACGCGGGACGACCAUACAAAGAUGUCAAAGAGACCAAUGGCAACGAGGAUCCUGACAACAAGGGUCUGGAGAGGUAGUCGCGGCCAACACAAAAAGUGGAAGUCGCAAUGAGGCGUGCGAUAAGGACUGGGAAGGAGCGACGAGGGGCAGGAAACACCAAUACCAGAACAUGGCAACCAGGGGUCCAUGUUCACCAGCAUGCUUUGGCGUUUGGGUCUGUAGGAAAUGCAUUCAUAUCUCCUCUCUGUAUAGUAGAGCUGUACA